AUGUUACUAUUCGAUUGGGCCAUGUUUAUGCAAGUUGUUACCAACUUGGAUAAUAUAGAUGAAGCUAUUAAGGUAUUUUUUGUAUUCGGCACUGCAAUUGCCGUAUAUGGCAAGUACGAUAGAAUAAAAACUAAAAAUCAAUUAUUCGAACAACUUUUUCAACUAUUGAUCGAUGCACACUUUCAACCGGCAAACAAUUAUGAACGAAAAAUUGUACUUAAAUCUAUUGUGCUAAGUACAAAAUUGAGCAAAUUUUAUGCAUGUCUUUCAGUGACUGCUUUAGGUGGCCUAAUUAUAACACAGUAUUUAAGUGCUAUCAAAGAAUUACCGGUUAAUAUUUACAUACCCUUUGAAGUGGAUACAAAUUGGAAAUAUAAUUCAUUGUAUGCCUUUGAAUGUAUAUUCAUGAGCCUCUUGUGUCUGGUUAAUGUAGCUUUUGACUCGUUGUCGACAUCCCUCUUUAUACACAUUAAAUGUCAAUUGGAUAUGUUGGGACAUCGUUUGGAGAAUAUUGGUUGUAAUUCAAAACUAUCACAGCAAUUUAUAAUGCAACAAUUAAAAGAUUGUGCUCGUUAUUAUAAUCGUCUAAUAAUGUUAACGAAUGAUAUUGAAAAUUUGGUCAGUAUACCGAUCUCAUUGCAAAUUGGCUGUUCUGUAUUAGUUUUGAUUGCAAAUUUUUAUGCUAUGUCUAUGCUUUCUGAUCCUGAGGAACUACCAAUUUUUCUCAAAAUCGCUCUCUAUCAGUGUUGCAUGCUAACGCAAAUUUUUAUGAUGUGCUAUUUUUCUAACGAGGUUUCCCUUAAAAGUUCUGAACUAUCUUUUAAUCUUUACAUGUCGGAUUGGUAUAAUUGGAAUAAGAUAAAUCGUAAAAUGGUCUUACUUCUAAUGAUACGUUUCGAGGAACCAAUACGUAUUAAAAGUAUUAAUCGUUCUUAUUCAUUCAAUUUGGCAGCAUUUACUUCGAUAGUAAAUUCGUCAUAUAGUUAUUAUGCUUUACUAAAGCGUGUUAAUGGUUAA